AUGGGCUUGUCCAACGAUGCAAGUCCCUCACGUACACUCCACACACUACCGAACGAGCUCCUUGGUGCUAUCUGCGGUCUCCUUUGCAACAGUGAUAUCAAAGAUUUACGUCUGACAUGUCGAGCCUUGGGAGACAAGUCGUACCUAAGAUUUGACCGCGUUUUCAUCUCCGCUAACCCACGCAAUGUCGAGGUCUUGCUCGCUGUCGCCAACCAUGACGUCUUUCGUCAUCGCGUGAGAGAGAUUAUAUGGGACGACACCUUGUUGAGGAAAAUUCCCAUUACAGACGGCUACGGCCCCUGUGGUUAUAGCGGGGACGAGAAUGAUCCUGAUGGCUGUGCCGCCAACGAGAACAAGCAAUGGAUCUCGAGGGAUUUUGUGAAGUUUUGCAAAGAAAGCCUCUUUUACACCAACAGUAGAUUGCAGCAAAAGAACAAAUACGAGGGCGACAACGAAGUGCAGAAGCAGAUGAAUAACCUAAUGUCCUCUCGUGAGUCACUGGCGUAUUACACAGACCUUUUGAAUCAGCAACGAAAGGUGUUAUCAUCGAGCGCAGACGAAAGGGCUUUUCGGUACGCCAUACGACGUUUUCCCCGACUCGCAAGGGUCACGAUAACACCGGCGGCGCACGGGUUUCUUUUCAUGCCACUUUAUAAUACUCCAAUGAUCCGAGAAUUUCCAUCUGGAUUUGUAUAUCCAACUCCUCGCACCUGGCCAUGUGACGAUAUUCUUACAGAGGGAUAUGGUCCUGAAGAUUGCCCACAAGGAUGGGGAAAUGACGACGAGAGGAAGCAGUGGCGAGGAUUCUGCAUGGUUCUAAAGGCUCUAGGCGAUUACGCAGACCAGCUUCAAAUCUCUGAGCUUGUGGUGGAUAAUCAAAAGCUCCCCACCGGGGUCGAUUACACGCUAUUCGACAAGCCAAAUGAAGAGUAUGAUAGCCUGUGCAAGAUCGUUGCGCGGCCAGGCUUUAGACGCCUUGUUCUCUCGCUAACAACUGGGUACCGCGAGAAAUUUGAUGGUUCUGAAGAUUGGAGUAUUUAUACAAACGGCAGGAUAUCCAGUCUUCUAGCCAAAGCAACUGAUUUGGAAGAGGUUGUCUUCCAAACCAACUAUGAUUGGGGUUCUUGGUUCUGCGAUAUGGAAGACUAUGUAUCACUGUUUGAUAUCUUUCCUGUCGACCUUUUCUCAGCUGGGAAACUAAGACACUUUGGACUUUCCGGGAUGCAAGUCCUCGAGGAUGAUCUUAUUUCCUUUCUCGGCAAGCUCCCGUCAACACUAAGAUCAGUCAACCUCAGUUUUCUCUCCUUAGUCGAAGGGCACGGAAACCAUGCUACCAUGUUGGCUGAUAUUCGGGACAAGUUAGGAUGGAGGCAUCGACCUACCAGCCAAAGGAUCAAGGUCAGCAUCUCGAUGCUGCUUAACAUAUUUGAUCAUGGCCGCUACGUAUGUCUCGACAGAGAAGUUCAAGAAUACAUUUAUGGCGAUGGCCCCACUCCUUUUGUUGCCCAAGAAGGGAUGAUUGAGGCUCACUUCACAUGGGGCACCGGCAUUGUUUACGAUGCGUUUGAUCCUACUUAUGCGGUACUUUAUAAAUGGGAUUAG